GCCCUUGAAUAAUCGACAGCGCAGGUCUUAAUCACUCUCUUGCCCGCCAGAAAAGUUUGUUGUGAAUUUCUCUUUUCCCUGAAAAACACGGAAAAGCGCAAGAAAAAUGAAUAAUAAAGAGAUCCAGGAGAAAUUAAACAAGUAUAAACUUCGGGUGAAGCUGUGGGAGAAGGAAUUCAGAGAGAAAAACAAUCGGAUUCCCUCAAAGUAUGAUAUCAAGGAAGCAGGAAGAGAGAUAAAGGAUGCCUACAAGAUGUACUACAAGAUCACCACGUCCCUGCUAAGCAAUACCCUCACAGAUGCUCUGGAUGAUGAAGAGGAUCGCGUGAUUGCCACGGAGGAGAUUUCUCCGGAUAUCUCCUUCUCCUCAGCCAGCAAAACUGAUCAGUUGGAGUCUCCAAGCAGCGAAGUACCUUCUCCACAGGAAAAGCAUGACUUGAGCACUCCAGAUUUUGAGGUUAGUCAGAUAAAUAACAAAGCGUGGGGUAGUCAUUUGAGCAAGAAAACAAAAGGAUCAUCAGCUGUCUCCAAGGGUGGAACUUCCGGGAAGGGUAAAACAUGCUUGGCAAGCAAACUCAGUCUCUCAAUGAAUUUUACAAAGAGAAACCCGAGAAAAUCCUUCAGUAGACUCAAUUCUUCCACCUCUGAUAAAGCUGAAACUCCAACUCUUUCGAGCACUUCACAAAUUCCGGACUUUGAGACGUUGCUGUCGCAGAGAUCGUCUCAAAUUCCCGAAAUUAUUGCUUCUGAAGCAGAUAAGAAGCCCCAGAGUGUGGAGAAGAUAUUUGAUCUCGGAUGGAUAGAGCGAUGUGGGGGUAAGAGCGAUAAUUGCCCGGAAUUUGAUCCUUCGAGGAUCUCUUCACUAAAUUCACAAAAUGAGACUAUUUCUGGGGUUUCUCCUGUUGCUACUCACGGGAAAGCUCAGCAAAUGGAAAUAUCUUUUGCAAUUGCUACCAAAGUUACCAAAAAGGCUGAUUCUGAUGGGUCUGUUGUGGAGGACAGUGAGGAUGAGUCUGUGAUCAUGUCGCAACAGUCUGUUCGGCAUGUUUUGAAGAAAAGACGCGUUUUUAGUUCAAUUCUCAAUCGUCAGGCGAAAGAAAAUGAAAAUCGCCUCAAAGCACAGCAAGAAGUUGAGAAGAAGGUAGAAGCUGUGACGGAGAAGCCUAAAGAAGAUGAAAAACCCCCGAAAACGUCCAGGAAGAAGACAAAAGCCCAAAAGGAUGUAAAAUCCAAGGGAAAUCAUUCAGAUUCUUGGUCAGAAAAGGAAGAUGAAGUUCCUCUGAAGCUGAGAAAAACCUCCAAGAAACCCGCAAAAGGUCAAGGAAGGGGAAGACCAAAGAAAACUCCUCGUGAAAAUCUUCCGGAAAUCCAUGAGGAUGACGAAUAUCUCCCCCCAUUGGAUACCGAAUUCACCAAAAAACCCUCCAGGGUGGGAAAAGAAUCCCUUUCGGAGAAUGAAAAACUCUUUAGUUCCUACAUUUGUCAGACGCUUCCUGCAGAGCAGGAGGCAACUGGUGAUGAGCAAAGAGCAUCCGUGAAAGAUGCAGCCAAGGAGAAACUUCUCAAGAAAAUUUCUUCAGGGAAAGCAAAUGAGAAUUUUGUACGAAUUAACAUGAAGAAGAAAGUCUUCGUGCGUGGGAAGAAGACAAUAAACUACUCGAGGUACAAGAAGGCCAUGUGGAAGAAGAAAAAAGCUGCAUCGCUGUUGGAUGAUAGGGGAUGCGAUGGGGAGGAAUUCAAGUGCUUCCAAUGUGGAGCUCCGGGACAUUUUGCAGCUAAAUGCCCGAGAAAUGAGAGUUUUCCCACAGUUCCCGUCACAGAGGUCAGUGAGGAGGAGCUGGUUGAGGAAUCUGACCUACAGACACUUGAGGAUGCAGCUCAGAGUGCCAGGGAAGUUGAAGAAUUCAAGGAUACGGGGAAGGUUUACUUGGAAUCGGAGCAACUGGAAGAUAUUGUGAAGGAUCUCGAGACAGCCGAUGUGGAAGAAAUUCAGGCAGCUGUCUACCCCUUAGAUCCGCAAGGGAAUCUCAUUGAGACUCCCGCAGAAGUGAGAGAAGCCCUUCAUCUAUUCGGGCACAAAUCCUUCCGCGCUGGACAGGAAACAGCAAUCAUGAGAAUCCUAUCGGGCCUCUCAACACUUGUUACCCUCAAUACAGGCAGUGGGAAGUCCCUCUGCUACCAACUUCCUGCUCUAAUCUACAGUCGGCAUGGGAAAGGUAUGACUUUGGUCAUCUCACCGCUUGUGUCUCUCAUGGAGGAUCAAAUCAGCGGGAUUCCGAGUUUCCUCAAGGCGCGAUGCCUCCACACGAAUCAAACGCCAAAAAUGCGACAACUUGUGAAGCAGGAAUUGCUCGAAGGACGUGUGGAUUUGCUUCUUGUCUCUCCGGAAGCAGUGGCGUAUGGCGAUAAGAAAUCCGAAUUUGGGCAAAUCCUUUCCUCCAUGCCAAGGAUUGCCUUUGUUUGCAUCGAUGAAGCUCACUGCUUGUCCCAAUGGAGUCACAACUUCCGCCCUAGCUAUCUAAUGCUCUGCAAGAUUCUUCGGGAGAAACUCAAAAUCUCCGUAAUUUUGGGAUUAACUGCAACAGCAACAAAUCUAACAAGGGAUGAAAUUGUUUCCCAAAUUGGUGUUCCGGAUGGCCGAUCCGGGGUUAUCAGCGACAUCCCCCUUCCGGAAAAUUUAACCUUGACUGUCUCGACGGACGUUAAACGCGAAGACGCUCUAAUAGACUUGCUGAAAAGCCCCAAAUACGCUGAUAAAUCCGUAAUAAUCUACUGCACGCGUAGGGAGGUGUGUGAGAGUGUAGCAGGACGUAUCCGGACAGUUUUCAGCAGUGAAAAAAUACCCACGAAGAAGAGGAAGCGUACUGAUUGGAUUGUUGAGGCGUACCAUGCGGGAUUGGUAGCUUCACGCAGACGAUCCAUUCAGAAUGCCUUCAUGAGUGGGCAGCUGAAGAUUGUAGUGGCAACAAUUGCUUUUGGGAUGGGAAUAAAUAAGCCGGACAUUCGUGGGGUUAUUCACUUCAAUAUGCCCAAGAAUUUUGAGAGUUACGUCCAAGAAAUUGGGCGAGCGGGUCGAGAUGGUGAACCCGCACAUUGUCAUCUCUUCCUGGACUCGAGACGUCGUGACAAGAUCGAAUUGCAGCGGUUUAUCUAUGCAAAUUCAAUCGAUCGCUUCACCCUUCGGCGACUUUUGCAGAAAAUCUUCAUUCCAUGCGCUUGCAAGCGCGAUGGACGAAGGGAAUCUUGUCCAGGGCAUGAAAUUGCCUUCUCCGUGGACACCACAGUGCAAACACUGGACAUAGCUGAAGAGAACAUCUCCACACUUCUCUGCUACCUCGAACAAGACAUGGCGACAAUUCACGUGCUAAGUAAGGCCUAUGUAAGGUGUCGAGUUUUCUCGUACGGUGGUGCAGAGCAGCUGAAGAAGGCUGCAAAGUCCUGCCCACCACUUGCCAUGGCGAUCUCGAUGAAAAUCAAAGAGGGAAAAUUUCGCUCAGACGCCACUAGCAUUGAGUUUUCAGCUGUGGACGUAGCUGCAGCCUUGGGGUGGGAUAGUGGUGUUGUGAAGUACCAACUGAAGAACCUCGAGUGGACAAAGAUGAAUAAUCAGCCAAGAAGGACAACAAUUUCAGUUCAAUUUGACGAUAUCGGAUUCCGCAUUCGGGCACCGGGGAAUUUCACCGAUGAACAAAUGGACAACACCCUGGAAAUGCUAGUCAAUAGGGUGGCACAGCAAGAGAAUCUUGAGAUCUAUCAGCUUCAAAGCAUAUUUGAGGGUCUCAAUUCGGUCGUUGUACCAACAGUGGACCUUGUUCUACGUGAAGAGAUGGCAGAAUCUUCGGAGAAAUUGAAAAGAAUCAUCCGGGAGUACUUUGAGAAGACGCAAGUGGGCAAAAUUGAUGUUACCGAAGAACCAGACGACACUACUGAUGAACAACUUGAGCGAGAUAUUCGCUAUAUGGUGGCAAAUUAUCCGGACAACAACUUCACGGGGAGAUCUCUGGCCAGGAUUUUUCAUGGAAUUUCCAGCCCGAAUUUUCCUGCAAUUGUUUGGGGACGAUGCAAGUUGUGGCGAGCCCACACUAUGACCAAUAUUCAUCGAAUUAUAGCCCUGGCCAAUGCCACAAUCCUAGAAAUGAGGACUUGAGGGAGGUUCUGUGUGUUGGAGAGUGUUGAACAUUAAAGUCGUUAUUUUUUUUUUGAAUA